UCAUGUCGGUGUUGUUUAUGCCAGAACAUGGUAGGCAAGGCAAAUUAAUUCCAGCCUUUUGUAAACCUGUAAUUAGCCAACAAGAUGCAACUGAAUACGAAUCCUACAUGUCUUUGAAAAUGAAAAAGAAAUCUUGAGCUCUCUGACAGGAAGCUGAACGUGAUGACGGCCUGGUCUAUGGUGGGGAAGUUGAAAAUGGAGAAGAGGCACACCAGAAAAGAUAGAAAUGUGGAACAAGAUGUUGGGGAAUGCAGUGCUGAAUCUGAGGAAUGGACGAGCUCAGAAAGUGAACCUGAGCAACCAUACUUCAGAAGCAGCUGUAGCAAUAUACAGUGGAGAGAGAAGGAGGUUUCCACUAAACCGCAUCGACCACUCUGUCGCUCCCCUUGUUUGGAUUGCCCAAGUUUUUCGCAGAGCAGUAUCACACAAGACUUGAAGCUGGAAGAAUGUAAAACAAGUUUGGACAAGGAAUACCAAGCUAAAAUGGAUUUUGCUUUAAAGCUUGGAUAUGCAGGAGAUCAAAUCCAGGCUGUACUGAAUAAACUGGGAGCAGAUGCCCUCAUCAAUGAUGUUCUGGCAGAACUUGUGAGACUUGGCAACAAAAGUGAAUCAGAGGGACAAGGCAGUGCCAGCACUACCACUACUACUCUGGUGUCGAGAGGCCCAUGUCCGAAGGAGAUAACGAGCCCUGAACUGUCACUUGAGGAUGAAGUUGUGGAUAAUAGUGAUAACCUGAGGCCAAUUGUCAUUGAUGGAAGCAACGUGGCUAUGAGUCAUGGGAAUAAAGAAGGAUUUUCCUGCCGGGGGAUUCAACUAGCUGUUGAUUGGUUUCUGGAAAAAGGACAUAAGGAUAUAACUGUGUUUGUCCCUGCAUGGAGAAAAGAGCAGUCUCGACCUGAUGCACCAAUUACAGAUCAAGAAAUCUUACGUAAAUUGGAGAAAGAAAAAAUUCUUGUUUUUACCCCAUCUCGAAGAGUUCAGGGAAGAAGAGUUGUUUGCUAUGAUGAUCGAUUUAUAGUAAAACUUGCUUUUGACUCGGAUGGCAUCAUUGUAUCAAAUGACAACUAUCGGGAUCUUCAAAAUGAAAAACCGGAAUGGAAGAAGUUCAUAGAGGAACGGCUGCUUAUGUAUUCUUUUGUGAAUGACAAAUUUAUGCCUCCUGAUGAUCCUCUAGGACGCCAUGGUCCAAGUCUUGAAAAUUUCUUAAGGAAAAGGCCGGUUAUUCCUGAACACAAAAAACAACCAUGUCCUUAUGGUAAAAAGUGCACCUAUGGGCACAAAUGUAAAUAUUACCACCCAGAACGGGCAAACCAGCCUCAAAGGUCAGUAGCGGAUGAGCUUCGAAUAAGUGCCAAAUUAUCUGCUGUGAAAACUAUGAGUGAGGGAGCCUUGGCCAAAUGUGGCACAGGGCCAUCCAGCUCCAAAGGAGAGAUCAAUUCUGAAGUGAAACGCGUUACCCCAAAACGUCAGUCAGAUCCAAGCAUUAGAUCGGUAGCUGUGGAACCUGAGGAAAAGUUAUCAGUAGCACGGAAGUCGGAGGCCAGCUCUGUCCCAUCUCUGGUUUCUGCAUUAAGUGUACCAACACUCCCUCCACCAAAAAGCCAUGCAGCUGGUGCAUUAAAUACUCGUUCUGCAAGCAGCCCAGUGCCAGGUUCCUCACAGUUCACACAUCAGAAAUCCUCACUGGAACACAUGUCCAGUGUGCAAUAUCCUCCUAUACUAGUCACCAAUAGCCAUGGUGCCUCAAUUAACUAUACUGACCAGUAUCCCAAAUACGAAUCAUUAGGGGACCAUGGCUAUUAUUCCUUACUCAGUGAUUUUUCCAACUUGAGCAUAAGUAGUAUGCGUAACACAGAUUUUUAUGGGGCUGAUACAGACCAGGGGAUGUAUUCUAGAAACUCAAGCCCCUGUCCUGAAAAUCGCUUAAGCCAUACAAGUAAUGAUUCUUAUUCCUCUUACAAUGACUUGUAUCUGGGUGUAGCAGAUGCCAGUCCAGAAGAAAAUGUGAAGAUCCACAGACUUUCAUCACAAAAUCGUCUUCAGCCUUUUUCCCAUGGUUACCAUGAAGCCUUAAACAGAGUUCAGAGUUACGGACCUGAAGAACCUAAGCAAUCCCUCCGCAAGCAGUCAGUUUCCCACUUAGGCCUACAUGCCCAGCAUCCAGUUGUUGGAGCACGGUCCAGUUGUCCAGGAGACUACCCUGUGCCUCAAAAUAUUCAUCCAACUGCACAACCAAGCCGUGCCUUGGUCAUGACAAGAAUGGACAGUAUUUCUGACUCAAGGCUUUAUGAAAGUAACCCUACAAGGCAGAGAAGACCACCUCUCUGUCGAGAACAGCAUGCUAGUUGGGAUCCAUUACCGUGUGCAUCAGACUCUUAUGCUUAUCAUUCUUAUCCAUUAAGUAACAACCUCAUGCAGCCGUGUUAUGAGCCUGUAAUGGUGAGAAGCAUGCCUGAGAAGAUGGAGCAACUCUGGCGGAGUCCUUGGAUUGGGGUAUGUGGUGAGCCACGGGAGCCACAUAUUAUCCCAGAACAUCAGUAUCAAACAUACAAAAACCUCUGCAAUAUUUUCCCUCCAAGCAUUGUCCUUUCUGUGAUGGAAAAGAAUCCCCACAUGACAGAUGCACAACAACUGGCAGCUAUGAUUGUUGCCAAAUUAAGAACAGGGCGUUAAAUCAUUACAGCCUCUUUUAGAUUGAUGAAACUAAACAGAAGACAGGAGCUGGGGGAAAACUUACAUGAUGGAAGUGGACAAGUCUAUUGUAAAUAUUUUUAAUAUUCUUGUAUAAAAUUCUGUACACAG